AUGAACAAAAUAAAAUCCAUCAACGCUAUUAAUGCAAGUGAGUUAAAUAGUGGAAUACUAGAUGCAUCCUUAUCAUGGCAUGACGAGUAUAGAGACCAGGCAUAUGUUUAUAUUGGUGGUCUCAAUAAGGAGUUAACAGAGCAUGAUAUAUUGACCAUCUUUUCUCAGUUCGGGGUUCCAACUGAUAUUAAACUUGUUAGAGAUAAAGAGACUAGCGAGUCUAAAGGUUUUGCAUAUUUGAAAUACGAAGAUCAACGGUCGUGUGUGUUAGCCAUUGAUAAUUUAAACGGCAGCAAGAUUGCUGGGAGGAAUAUUGUGGUGGACCAUGUUUUUUAUGAGUAUAGAGACGAUGAUUUGGAAUAUAGAAAUGCAGUAAAAUCAGAACUAGAAAGAAAUGACAAGGUUAAUACUGACAAAUUGAGUAUAACAGAAAACUAA